ACCAAGGACUUCUGGUCAACCCCAGGACGCCAGGCAGAGGCCGGACACUUCCAAAGGUGCAGGAGCAAAACAGCCCUCUCCAGCCGCACGCUGCACCUCUGCGGCUCGGGGGUGAGAUUAGGGUACGGGAGGGAAGCAGACAAGCAAUCGGGGAGAAGCUCCAGAGGUGGAGCAAGAAUCCAGAGAGGUUCAAUCGGGCAGAAGGGGCGCAGAGCCUUGGGACCAAGUGGAUUCUUGCCCUGCGGGUCCGGUGCAAGGCCCCAGCACCCCGGCUAAAUCUUUACGGCGGGAAUCCCGAGCUGGGGUCCUUCGGAGGAGACACGGAGGGUUCCGCAACACGCCCCUUGCCCAGCGCCACUGACCUCUGGGCAGCGACAAGGAAGGGGUCCCGAUCAAGGACAAGGAUCUGCGGUCAUGGCCGAGGCCGCAGAGCCUGAGGCGGGUGUCCCGGGUCCCCAGGGGCCGCCAGAGAGCCCCGCGCCCCUGGCUGAGAGAUCCAGAGAGCCGGGAGCCACGGGCCUGGGGGCAGAGGAGCGGGAGGCGAGCGAGGGCGCAGAGGAGGCGACGAGGGGCGCAGAGGAGGUGACUAGGGGCGCCGCCGCGGUGAAGGAGGUGGGAGGCGGCGGGCCGGACAGAGUCCAGGAGGCUGAGGCGCACGGCACGAGAGGGGCGCAGGGAGAGGCGGAGGCGGAGGAGGGAGCCCUGGAGGGCGCCGAGGUGCCCCAGGAAGGGGAGGAGGCGAGCGGCGCGCUGGAGGUGGAGGGGGCGAGCCCGGGGCGCGACGCGCAGGGCGAGGACCCGGGGGAGGCUCAGGGGGCGCCCGGAGACUCUGCGGUCACCAAAAGGCAGGAGGAGGCGGAGCACCGGCCCGAGGCGUCGGAAGGCAGUGCGCGCGGGGCUUCGGGGGACAGCGUAGACGCUGAGGGCCCUGCGGGGGACACAAGAGACGCGGAGCGCCCGGCGGGGAACAGCGUAGAAGCGGAGAGUCGGGCGGGGGACAGGGUAGACGCGGAGGGUCCGGCAGGGGACAGCGUAGAAGUGGGGGGUCCGGCGAGGGACAGCGUAGACUUGGAGGGCCCGGCGGGGGACAGCGUAGACUUGGAGGGCCCGGCGGGGGACAGCGUAGACGCGGAGGGCCCGGCGGGGGACAGCGUAGACGAGGAGGUUCGGGCGGGGGACAGCAUAGACCUGGAGGGCCCGGCGGGGGACAGCGUAGACUUGGAGGGCCCGGCGGGGGACAGCGUAGACGCAGAGGGUCGGGCGGGGGACAGCGUAGGCGCGGAGAGCCCGGCGGCGGACAGCAUGGACGCCGAGGGUCCAGCAGGAGGGGCACGCCAGGUCUCGAGUGAGCCGCAGGAGGGAGGGAACCGCAGCCUCCCGCCCCAGGCCGAGGCGAUUGAGGUCGCAGAGGGCGAGAGCGCGGGGCACAGCCUGGGGGAGCUCGCUGCGGACGCGGCGGAGGAGGCGGAGGCCCCAGGGGAAAAGGGGUCCCAGAAAGCGGCCCCCGGGGACGCCAGGGCAGACGCUGGCGAGGACGGGGUCGGGGAUGUGCCGCAGCUGGAGUUGGGGGAGGAAGAGGAGAGGCGAGAGCGGAGCCCGGAGGGGCCCAGCGAGGAGGCCUCAGCGGGGGGCGAGGAGGAAUCCCGCGACUGCUGCCCAGAUGGGGAGGCCUCCAGGGGAGCCGCGGAGUCCCAGGCCCAGCUCAGCAACCACAUGGCGGAGCGCGUAAACGGCAGCCGGGAGGACAGAGAGGCGUCCGAGGAGCGCGCCCCGGGGCAGGAGCACGACAUCACCCUCUUCGUCAAGGCUGGUUAUGAUGGUGAGAGUAUCGGAAAUUGCCCCUUUUCUCAGCGUCUUUUUAUGAUUCUUUGGCUGAAAGGUGUUAUAUUUAAUGUGACGACAGUGGACCUGAAAAGGAAACCCGCAGACCUGCAGAACCUGGCUCCCGGAACAAACCCUCCUUUUAUGACUUUUGAUGGUGAAGUCAAGACGGAUGUGAAUAAGAUUGAGGAGUUCUUAGAGGAGAAAUUAGCUCCCCCGAGGUAUCCCAAGCUGGGGACCCAACAUCCUGAAUCUAAUUCUGCAGGAAACGAUGUGUUUGCCAAAUUUUCCGCAUUUAUAAAAAACACGAAGAAGGAUGCAAAUGAGGUUUAUGAAAAGAACCUGCUGAAGGCCCUGAGGAAGCUCAAUAAUUUCUUAAAUAGCCCUCUGCCUGAUGAAAUAGACGCCUACAGCACGGAGGAUGUCGCUGUUUCUGGAAGGAAGUUUCUGGAUGGGGAUGAACUCACGCUGGCUGACUGCAACCUCUUACCCAAGCUCCAUAUUAUUAAGAUUGUGGCCAAGAAGUACAGAGAUUUUGAAUUUCCUUCUGAAAUGACUGGCAUCUGGAGAUACUUGAAUAAUGCUUAUUCUAGAGAUGAGUUCACAAAUACGUGUCCAGCUGAUCAAGAGAUUGAACACGCAUAUUCAGAUGUUGCAAAAAGAAUGAAAUGAAGCUGGGCUAUCUCUGUCUUAUUUUUCAAUUGAAUGAGUGAGGAUACAAAAAGAGUGUUUUCUGUGCAUUUCCCCCAAAUAAGUCCUUCACAAAAUAACACCAGUAGUGGGACCCACUCAACCCUGAGUGAUAUAUGGCCUUGUAAUUUGUCAGCUCACUUAUGUAUCUGAAUAUACUAGUAUCUGUUGUUAGACACACCAGUUGUCCAGAUUAUGUUAAUUUAUAUCUGUGACAUUCACUGACAUUGGAAUCUAUGAUAUUUAGGGCAUGCAAUUUUCAUUUUAAGUUUUCAUUUUAGUUUGAUUUUCAUUUCAAAUUAGGUUUGGAUUCAGUUCCUUCAAUUUUUAAAAGAAACUGGUCUGUCUCUGAGAGUUUUUAUAAUCAUUGGUAGCCUUUUUUUUCUCUAAAACAUUAAUUUUUUUAAAAAUGAAAAUACUGUUUUGUAAUUACAAAUGGAGAUACACCUGUCUUAAUAUUUUAAAGCACUAUCAGAGGGUAUAAAGAAGGACAUU